AUGGCCCUGGAUAAAAUGAAAGAUUUGAGUCUGCAACAGACAUUGUCCCGAGCUAAGAUGGGUGAAGUAGAAGGUAUUCUCCUCACAAAACCGAUAUGCGACACGUGGGACCAAGUGUGGAAGUUCAAAGCCAGACCUGACGAUCUGCUCAUCGCAACCUAUGCAAAAGCAGGUACCACAUGGACACAGGAGAUAGUGGAUAUGAUUCAACAAAAUGGAGAUGUUGACAAGUGUAGACGCGCCACUACUUACAGACGCCAUCCUUUCCUUGAGUGGACUAUGCCAGAGCCUCCAGCUAUGAGUUACUCAGGCCUGGAGUUAGCUGAAGCUAUGCCUUCUCCACGAACAAUAAAAACUCAUCUCCCUGCGCAGCUGGUGCCUCCCUCCUUCUGGGAACAAAACUGUAAGAUAAUCUAUGUGGCAAGAAAUCCAAAAGACAACCUCGUGUCAUACUACCAUUUCCACAGAAUGAAUAAAGAACUGCCUGACCCAGGAACCUGGGAGGAGUUCAUGGAGAAAUUCAUGACUGGAAAAGUGCUCUGGGGCUCCUGGUAUGACCAUGUGAAAGGAUGGUGGAAAGCAAAAGAUAAGCACCGUAUUCUCUACCUCUUCUAUGAAGAUAUGAAGGAGAAUCCAAAGAAAGAAACUCAGAAGAUUCUGAAGUUCCUGGAGAAGGAUGUCAGUCAGGAGGUUCUAAACAAGAUAGUCCAUAAUACCUCAUUUGAGAUAAUGAAGGAAAAUCCCAUGACAAACUACACUCAAGAAUUUCAGGGAAUAAUGGAUCACUCCAUUUCCCCAUUCAUGAGAAAAGGGACUGUCGGGGACUGGAAGAAUUAUUUCACUGUGGCACAGAAUAAGAAAUUUGAUGAAGAUUAUAAGAAGAAAAUGGCUGAUACCUCUCUUGUUUUUCGCAUGGAAUUCUGAUUAUUAGCAAUGAGAAUUAUCCUCUAUGAUCUUCAAGCUUUUCCAUUUUACAUAUUUUGCUUUUCCUUCACAAAAUGCCUGUGUCCCUAAGAUUUCAAUAUCUCUGUCACACACCACUGAUUUUUCAUUAUCACAAGAGUGCCCAAAUUAUGUAGA